AUGAAGAUUCCUUACAACUGCCUCCACACUCAUGGCAGUGUACUCUUUGGCGCUCGUGGCGGAAAGAUUCACACCUUUAGCCUUCCCGAUGGCGCUCAUAUUGCCACAUGGCAGCACCCGGAGCUGGACACGUUUAUGACCGCAAGCUCAAAGGCUGACCCGGCAGCUGAAAAAGGAGCGUGCGGCGCAGAAGACUCUAUAGUGGCAGAUGAGGCCGAGCAACCCCCGGCCAAGCGCCAAAAAGUGACGGAAGACGAUGCGUCAAAGAACACGAGCGACGAGGAAAAAGCAGGCAGCAAAAAGGUCCGAGGCAAGGAGCAACGGAAGCCCAAGCCGAUCCCUGUCCCUGACCGACCCGUCGUCAUCCAAUUGUCAACCACCGCCGAUGGAAGCCACCUUGUCGCUGUGUCGGCCCAUGACAAGGCGAUUUGGGUCUUUUCCCACAAUGGCAGCGGCCAGCUUACACAGCUCAGCAAGAGAAUCAUGCCCAAGCGGCCCUCCUCCGUCAAAGUGUCGUAUGAUGCCCAGAUCAUCGUCGCCGACAAGUUUGGCGACGUGUACGCCAUGCCCCUCAUCAAGAGCCCAGAGCUCUACACACCGCCGCAAAAACCUGCUUCGUCCUCUUCCUUCAUCGCCAAGAAGCCCUUCUCAAAACCUGCCGCCACCGUCCUCACGGUGCACUCCAAAGGCAACCGCGCCGCGCUGGCCGCUCAACAGCGGCAGCUCGAGAAUCCUAACAAGAGCACGUCCGAUGUUCGAGUGGAGGGCCCUAACUUUGAGCAUACACUGCUGCUAGGCCACGUCUCCAUGCUGACCGCUCUUCUCCUGGUGGAGGAUGGGCAGGGGCGAAGGUACAUCAUCACGAGUGACCGCGACGAGCACAUUCGUGUGUCAAGGUUCAUACCCCAGGCGCACGUCAUUCAUGGGUACUGCCUUGGGCACAGAGAGUUUGUCGGUGCCAUGACGAUCCUAGAAGGACGCAGUAAUAAUUCGCUUCUCGUCUCGGGAGGUGGCGAUGAGGACUUGUUCGUGUGGGACUGGAUCGACGGCAAGCUGCUGUCCACGACGAGCAUACUGACACCGGUGAAGGAGGUCGCGCCGCAAACCAGCAACAUUGCCGUAUCUAGACUCGUCUCUCUCGAGUAUCCUGCCGAGUCUGGUGCGCAGACUCACAUUGCUGCCAUCUGCGAAGGCAUCUCUGCCAUUUUCACUUGGCAGCUUUUCGACGACAAGAUCCUGACAAGACCAGGCGUGAUUCAGCUCCCUGGCAAGCCUCUCGACAUCUCCAGCAGCACGACCAGCAGCACUGCCCACCUCGUAGUCGCGCUGCACAUCCCCGAGGACUCUGACGCCGGCGCCACUGUGCGCAGUCUUCACAUCAUCCGCCUCGCGAUUGACGACGGUCGCCUUGCUGUGGACACGAUUACGCCUAUAGGAGACGACGCGCUAGAGGCUACGGAGCAAGAUGCCGCGGAAGCCGAUGUUCGUACAUUGUUCUACACGGUGGAGCAUUUGCGCAAGCAACCGGCCAGCGGUGCGGAGGAGGGCGAGGUAGAGCAGUAA